AACACGACGUCGUGCAUAUAGACGAUUCGGUAACAUUCUGUUCGGCCCAUUCGGAAUUCACUAUGGAAUAUACUGAUAGCAACGACAGCAAUAAAGGAACGGAUUCUUUUGAAGAUUUAAUGACGUUUGUAGACGAAGAUGGACACGUUGACAGUAGUGCAGUAACCCAAGUGUACAUAGAGAGACUAGGAUCUCAAUCUAAAGAUGACCAAAAUCAAGUGGCCGAUUCAGGGUCAGAUUCCAUCCCUCCAUGUAUGGGGAACUGUCAAAAUGAAAAUUCUCUUUCAACCAUCGAACAUGAAGGGUAUAUACAUAAUACAAUAUCUGACGACCAGAUAUUGAUGACCUUAAACCCCGGAAAUGAGAGGAUGCCAAUCAACCCAUCACAUGCUAUCAUAACACUGGAGACACAAGACCCAUACACUAAUGCAAAGGAAGUAAAGAGGUUUAAAUGUAACUUCCAAGACUGUUCAAGAACUUACAGUACCCCUGGCAACCUGAAAACACAUCUGAAAACCCACCGAGGAGAGUAUACCUUUGUAUGUGACCAACAUGGCUGUGGGAAGGCCUUCCUCACUUCAUACAGUCUAAAAAUACAUGUACGAGUACAUACAAAAGAAAAACCUUAUGAAUGCGACAUCACUGGCUGUGAGAAGUCUUUCAACACACUUUAUAGGUUACGUGCUCACAAACGUCUUCAUUCUGGGAAUACUUUCAACUGUGAUGAGAGUGGAUGCACAAAGUACUUUACAACUUUGAGUGACCUUCGUAAACACAUUCGUACACACACUGGCGAGAAACCUUAUGUAUGCAAUGAAACAGGAUGUCAAAAAGCUUUUGCUGCAAGUCACCAUCUAAAAACACAUUCUCGAACUCAUUCAGGCGAGAAGCCAUACACAUGUUCCCAGGAGGGAUGUAACAAGUCUUUCACAACCAACUACAGCCUCAAGUCUCACAAGAACAGACACGAAAAGGGUGGAGUACAGUCAGAUCCAUCAGGGACACAGGAAGCAGGAGAGACGCGGGACAGUGGAGGAGGGACCAUGACAGCUGAACAGCUAUUCAACACAAUCUAUGUGAACCCGACAAGUACAGACCAUGUAAGCCUGGAUGAGUCCACCCUGCAGCAGACGGAUGUAGUACCAGGUUUACAAACAGUUCCUGUUCAAGAAAUACUGCAGCCAGUGAUUCCUGUAGUGGAUACUGGUGCAGCAGGAGCUGCCACUCCCUCCGAGGGUUGUGGGUGUGUCCAGCAUGUUAUUCUCAACCAGUCAACUAUACCCACCCUCUCCGAUCCAGCCACAGACUUCCUUCUUCCCAGCAGUCUCAGCAGCUCCACACCCACAGGCACACUUCCUGUCAGCAACAACAUCCAAGAGGACGUAACCCAGCCCCAGAAUAUUGUCCCAGCCCCAACAACAGAGGCUCCAGUGCACCUCCAGAUUCAGACAGCUUCAGGCAGCACGGUUCCAGUCAGUCAGAUCUUUGUGCCAGUGGUUUCCAACACGGACAAGGGUCCAGUCAUAGAGCUUGUGCCACUUCAGAACAGCAUUUCAGUGUCUGAUGAUAGCCGCACCUGAGAUGCCAUGUGAACCCAACACUGCUUUAAAAGUUUUACCUUUUUGUGGAGUUUAUGUGUGUGAUAAUUUUCAUAUUCACAGGACAAAUCAUGUCCCAAGACAAUGUGUGCAUAUUGCUAUGUCUGUCAGUUGGGGACAGUUGCCUGCCUUGUGCACUGCAGCCAUCAUCAUCUGUGUUAAUACCUACCAUCAGCACAAUUCUUAUUUUGCCAAAUCUGAAAAUCAAAGUGAACCAUUCAUCAUAAACUGUCUUUCUCUUCUGGGUGAAUGGUUUCUUGUGUUCCAAUACUGAUGGUGUGUGUACAUACAGCCAAAAUAAUAACUAUCCUCUGACUUCCUGAUUAAUCUACUCACACAUGUCAUUUGAAAUAUCAUCUUGAUUCAUUUGCAGUCUCUUUGUUUGGAUGUAAGGGUCAAUAAGAACAUCCUUCACUGCCGGAACCAACCACUUUCUACCCCCCUGGUGCAUAGUCACCAAAAAUCAUAUCUUCACUCUAAUCUGAUUUUUGCAUGAAAAUAUAAGAAGAAAUGUUAUGGGAGCUUUCCAGUCAGACAAUCCUCUUCAAGGCUAAGAAAUUCUUGGUACAAGCAAAUAUUCACACAUAGAGGUAAUCUCUUUCCCCACUCCUCCACGUCAAGCUGGACACAGGCUGUGCCUUUCUCCUGUCAUUAAUGGGCAAUCAACAUGACUUCUCUACAGUGUGUGGUCCUGUGUAUUUUGUUCUAGUUGCCAAGGACUUUACUCCUACAGGGCUAAACAGGGCUCCUUUUAGGGAGUUGUGAAGUAUUAGUGUGAUGUCUCAUUGCAAAUUCAAAUUGAUCAACUUCACAAGUAUAUGUAUUGCACAUUUAUUGAAGUUGGUCAUAGCAACAUUAAAACAAAGCUCCCUUGCAA